UCUAUUCUGUGGACGAUUGAAUUUCAUAGUGUUAGCCAUGAAUUCGUUUCACGUAGACCUAUGUAUUGCUGUUCUGUGUUUGUGGGGCUCCUGUGCCUUAGCUGUGGAGGUGAUUGGCAACCCAGAUAUAGAGCUCAGAGACGCCACUCUUACCGGUAUUACAGUUCGUUUUGAUGAUCCCUUGUACAUGAAGGUUAACAAAUCCAUAGAUGCAUACCUUGGGGUACCGUUCGCAGAGCCUCCGGUAGGAGAGCGUAGAUUUACCGACCCUGAACCGUUAGUUCUUCAAGGGGAGUACAACGCGACAGAAGACAAGGCAGAGUGUCCGCAGAUGAGUCCUCUGGAUGACUGGACACCCGAACCAAGACCACCAUUUCCUCUCCCAAUCCCAACAUUACCUGGGCCGAUCCCGACUCGAACCAUUAGCGAAGAUUGUUUGUAUCUCAGUAUCUACACACCAUCACCCAAGCCAUCCAGUCUGGUGCCUGUCCUGGUAUGGAUUCACGGUGGAGGAUAUGCGGUCGGGGGUGGCUCCGAGAUCAUCUACGAUCCAAUACCUAUCGUGGCCUAUGCCGACAUCAUCGUCGUCAACGUAAACUAUCGACUGGGUGUGUUUGGUUUCUUUACAACUGGAGACGAUGAAGCAACGGGCAAUUAUGGUAUGAUGGACCAGGUGCUCGCUCUUCAAUGGGUUCAUGAUAACAUAAAAGAUUUUGGAGGUGACCCGAACCAAGUCACGAUCGCAGGGGAAAGUGCUGGUGGGGGGAGUGUAAGCCUACAUAUGUUAUCUCCACUUACCGAUGGUCUCUUUCAUCAAACCAUUAUGCAGAGUGGUAAUGCCGUGUGUCCUUGGGCGUGGGCGACUAUGGAUCGGGCCACAGAGGGACAUCGUCAACUUGCAGAAGCAGCUGGGUGUCCUAUCGAUGAUACUAAACUCAUGGUAUCCUGUAUGCGUGAUGUUGAUGAAAACGAGCUCACCAGGCUUGCCAUUAUGGAAGGUAAUGGAGCCAUCUCAUCUCCAGUCGUCGAUGGACACUUCUUUCCCGAAGAUCCCGUUGAAAUGGUCAAACGACGACAAUUCAAAGUUUUACCAAGCUUACUCGGAAGCAACGAGGACGAGGCGGCCAUUAAUUUCGCAUUUCUUGAUCUUCCUAGUUCCUUAUUCGAACCUCCCAUCGUCAAUCUCUCUCUCUUCAUGUCAACUCUUCCAAGACUCACUUAUAAUGCCAAAACAGACUUAGAAAUAUCUGCAGUUGAACAGCACUAUGUCAAUUGGAAAAUUGCAGACGAUGCCUCAGCGAGUCAGUUAGAUGGGUUGAUACGACUUUCUACAGAUCAGACUUUCGCUUGCCCAACAGAAUACUACGCACGCGCCCUAGAGGCCGCGGGGGCGGAAGUGUACCGGUACGAGAUGACACAUGAUCCUUCAUGGUCGGUUUACGCGGGAGUUCCAAAGUGGACUGGAGCGUCCCACGCUGAGGAUCUACAGUAUGUUUUUGCAUGGGGUUUAAAUCCUCCGUUGAAUGGAGUUGUUGGACAGACCGAUGCGGAGAAGUUCAUGUCGAUUGAGUUCGUACGGUACUGGACCAACUUUGUGAAAUCAGGAAAUCCAAACGAACCUAUCUCGAGUAGCAAGUACCCAGAGUGGCCUAGGUAUACCAUGCCCGAGCAAGAAUAUAAAAAGCUCUCUCUAAACAUGACCAAUGGUAGGGCGAUGAGGGCAGCAUCUUGUUCUUUCUGGCUGAACUACAUGCCGGGUUUGCAUCUUCAAACAGCUCCAAUCGAAGACAUAUACGAAGAUUGGAUGAAGCACUACGAGCUGUGGAAAAAUACUGACAUGCCAAGUUGGACAGAGGAAUUCGACAAAUAUAAAGAAGAAAACACAUGUCCUACGGCUUCUCCAUCUCCUUAAUUAUAUAGUAUGAUUGACCUUCAGCAAAAUAUUGCCCCAAUUAAGUCGUAGACGUGGGUUAUGGGUCAGCUUAUCGCCGACAUGACCGAGGUCGUCUUUGCGCGCGUCAAUGAUUACGCCCAUAGUAGAGACCAAACCAUAGAGUUAUCAAUCUCUUCCCGAUAUUCACGUAAUCUAGGGCAAUACAGUUUUUAUAACCAGCUCAGACGUCUGAAACGCGUAAAAAUAAUUCAUUUUCAAUUAAAUAAGUAAAUGAAUAAUGAUUAAGUAAAACUUUAACCAGUGAUGGUGCAAGGGAGGGGGGGGGGCAGGGACGGCCUCUGUAUGAUUAAUUUUAAGUCGGGGAAUAAAGAGGAGGCAAAGGUAAGAGGGAGAAUUUUUCAUUCGAGUGGAAUAUGGUGUUACAAUAUUAGGUCGCCUCUCCCAUCCCCUCCAAAGAAUUUGCCUGCCCACCAUAGGCGGCGGAAGCGGGGGGGGGGGACGUGUCCCCCCCUAAAUUUUAGGG